AUGUCCUCCGAAAUUCCUACCCUCCGCUGGGGCAUUAUUGCCACGGGCCUCAUCUCCUCGUGGUUUGUGGAGGAUUUGGUUCUCGAGCGCUCUAACGCCAAGGCGAAGCACAUCGUCCAGUCCAUCGGAUCGUCAUCACUGGAGAAGGGCAAGGCAUUUGUUGAAAAGCAUCUUCCCGGCCACAACCCUACUGUCUACGGCAGCUAUGGCGAGGUUUACAACGACCCCAAUGUUGACAUUGUCUACAUUGGCACGCCGCACGCUUUCCACAAACAGAACUGCCUCGACGCCAUCAACGCAGGCAAGCACGUCCUCUGUGAGAAGGCAUUUACAAUCACUGCCAAGGAGGCCAGAGAGGUUUUUGAGGCUGCGAAGAAGAAGGGUGUUUUCGUCAUGGAGGCCAUGUGGACACGCUUCUUCCCUCUGACGCGUUCCCUUCUGAACGUUCUGCACACAGAGAAGCAGAUCGGCGACAUCCACCGGGUUUUCUGCGACUUUGCCAUGAAUAUGAACCUCGCCUCCCUUGGCCCCGACUCUCGCCUUAAGAAUCCUGCCCUAGGCGCCGGAAGCUUGCUUGAUAUUGGAGUUUACAGCCUGACCUUUACGAUUCUUGGACUGGACCCCGGUGUUGGCGAGAAGGCCGAGAAGCCAAAGAUCGCCGCUACCCAAACACUGUCGGAUGACAUCGACAUUGCAACCUCCGCCCUGCUCCUGUACCCUAGUGGAAAGCAGGGUAUCUUGACCGCCUCGACCCAGGUCAAAACUCCCCCAGCCUUCUGCAGAAUUGAGGGUAGUGACGGAUAUGUCACCGUUGAGGGUAUUGCUACUUCCGUCCCCGGGUCUUUUACUGUUCAUUCUUCCAAGGCAUCUGGUGAGGGAUGGACAGAGUCGGAAACACCUGGCCUUAAGGCCAAGAAGUUUGACUUUGAGCGGCCUGGGAAGGGAUUCUACUGGGAGGCUGAUGCCGUCGCUUUGGACAUUGCUGCGGGACGCAAGGAGAACGAGAUCAUGCCCUGGGCCGAGACAGUACGGGUAAUGGAGAUUAUGGAUGAGAUUAGGAGACAGGGUGGUGCCAAGUUCCCACAAGAUGACCAAUAG